CGCCAAUGGGUUGAGGCUGGCGGGCAUGGGCUUCGUCACCCCGAGAAGGCCGCGCUUGUUAAGUAAGAUGGGAGCUCGAGGUGUUGCUACUGUACGCGAGGCAGUGGCUCAGGAAGAGGAGGUAGUGGCAGCAGGGGACGUCAGGAUACCGUUUGGACAGCACCAGGGACAGCCUCUCAAGUCUCUUCCGGAAGGCUACUUGAAGGUCCUUGCGCGCAUGGCGAGAUCAAAGUGGGGGUUGCUAGCGGAGGAGGUGCUCAGCGAACGGGGAAGCGUGGAUGGGUGCAGGCAGAAGGCGAACGCAAUCUUAGAGCAGGAAGCCUUUGCUCGCCUUCUCAGAAAUGCCAGCAGUUUAGAGGCGGUGGAGCUGGUCCGUGCCAGGAUCGACGAAAGCGGCGUUCGUCACAACGCCGAGCUGCUCAACGUUUUGAUUCAAGUCUACGGCAAGUAUGGAUGCCUGGUAGAGGCAAAGCAGGUUCUAGACGGCAUGCGCUAUCAGAAUGGAGAGUCGUGGAACACCAUGAUCCUCAUGUACGCUCAGAAUGGACGACUGGAGGAGGCCAAGAGGACUUUCGAUGCAAUGCCAGUUCGAGACGCCGUCUGCUGGAUCACGAUGCUGAGGGCUUAUGCCGCGUUCGAACUUCCAGGACUCGCCAGGGUAGUGUUUGAAGCCAUGCCAAUGCACGACUUAGAAUCAGCGACAGAGAUGAUGGAGGUCCUUCUGUCGAAGGAGGAAAGACAUCGAGUGAAGCUGGUCUUUGACGAGAUGGUGGAAAAAGAUGUCUGCGCUUACAACAGUAUGCUUCGUGCAUAUACCCAGGAAGGGCAUUCGAAUCGGGUGAGAGCCACAGCGGAGAAGAUGCCAGAGUGGGACGUGGUGACGGUGAACACCAUGCUUCAAGCGUUUGCCAGUGAGGGGUCUCUGGAGAACGCCGAACGUUUGUUUGACGAGUUUCCUGAGCGCAACGAAGAGACCAUCAGUAUUAUGCUGAGAGCAUACGCCGCGUCCGGAUGCUCUGAAGCAGCCCAGGCAAUGUUUGAUCGGCUUGUACGUCGGAACGAGGAGCUCUGGACAUUUCUAGUCACCGCGUACUCCAGAGCCGGGCAAGCAGCGGAAGCAAAGUUGGUGUUUGACAAAGUUCCUGGCAAGAGCGACCUUUCGUGGGCAGUCCUAACUGAAGAGUACGCCCAGAACUUGCAGCUGGAAGAUGCAGAGGCCGUGUUUGACAAGGUUCCGAAGUGGAGCGUCCGAUCGUGGAUUGCUAUGAUAUGGGCCUACGCUCAGAGCGGUCACGAGCAAAUGGCCCGGAUCAUUUUUAACAGGUGCUCGACUUAUGACGCGGGGGUCUGGAACGCAUUCAUUGCAGGAAUGACUGUGCUGGGCCGUGCCAGAGAUGCGAUUCAACUUCUCAGAGGUAUGAAUCUGGAAGGUUUCCCUCCGGAUAAGUUUACGUUCCUCAACCUUCUCAAUGCUUGCAGUGCUGAGUGCCUGGCCAGGCAAGGUGGUAGUCUUUUCAAGGAGAUGGUUGCUGAUCAUGGCAUGACUCCGUGGAAAGAUCACUACAGUGCAAUGGUCGAGUUGCUGGGCCGGGCCAAGUAUUUAAAGAUAGGACAAGUUCUCGCCAACAGCAUGCCAUUCGAGCCGGAUUAUGCAACGUGGAAAGCUCUCUUUCAUGCUUGUCGGCACCACCGAGACUUAAAGCUUGGACUGCGAGUUGCAAAGGAGCUUAUUCUCUUGGAUAGACACAACGCCCUGCCGUAUACUCUGCUAGCAGAAUCAUAUGCAGCAGCUGGCAAGCAGGAUAAAGUGGCUGUCAUCCAACGCGUGAUGGAGAAAACUGGAAUUAAGAAAAACUAUGCUGCAAGCUGGAUACUUGUCAAGGGCAAGUUCCAAAACCUCAUGAUCGGAGAUGCUGGACAUCCGGAGAACAGCGAGAUUCGUGCUCAGCUCAGGGAGCUGGUUGACAAGAUUGGGAAGGAGGGAUACAAGCCCGACACAACGCUGGUACUGGAUAAGAACAUGUCCGAAAAGGAGAGGGAGGACAGUUUACUUGAUCACAGUGAGAAGCUUUCGCUUGCUUUCGGCAUGGUCAGCACCAAGCCUCGGUGCCCGCUUCGAAUCAUCAACAGCUCGAGAGUAUGCUCCGACUGCCACAAUGCUCUCAGGUUGGCGUCGCUAGUAACUGGCCGGCUCAUCGUUUUAAGGGACGACUCUCGGAUUCAUCACUUUGAGCGAGGCAAAUGCUCAUGCAGGGACUUUUGCACGAUGCGGUGAGAUGGAAAGUGACACGAAUUUUACACCUGAAGGUGCCUUUCACCAGAGGAACAGAUCGAUAUUUACAUUUGCAACGUGAGAAAACUGUUCCUCGGGCGCGGCGUGGCUGGCGCAGAAGGGAAAAGUCAUCGUUCUCAUUGGAAAAGGGAUUGGGGUCAGAGGAAGCGGACGAGCUGCGAAUCUUGCUAAAGUUUCACGGCAUUGGGAGGCAAGAUUUUUCUUCCAUUUUGAUGGAACCUUCUGCCAAUACAUGAUUUGAGGAGGAAGGGAGGAAAAGGUCGGCAUACGUUCGUACGUAUGGUAGUGUAAUCGAGCACUCAACUUGGUUUCGACGGUUACUUCUA